GGAAAAAGCAUGCGCAGAAUAGGGAUUUUUGCCAGGACAGGCUCAUUCUACAGCAUUCCCAUCACCAGGACUCUUGGUACUACGCGCCAUGUCCACUUUGCAGGGGUGACAGUAUCUCUGGGAAGGCAACAGCAACAACAACAGCAACAACGCUCAUAUUCAUGCGCAGAUGGGAAGAGUGAUGCUUCUGUAUCUAAUGAGCCUGAAUGUCCUGAGCUCCCUUCAACUCCUUCUUGGUCCCUUAAAACUCUCAUGGAAAAACGCGAUGCAUUCAACACGACCGAUGAUCAUAGCAACGACAUCACACCAGAGACUAUCGAUCGACUUUUGAAACUCGCUCAUCUCUGUAAACCUCAGGAUCCAAAGGAGUUGAAACGUCUUGAGAGAGAUGUGAGACGGAUGCGUAACUUUUUAAACUAUAUCCGAUCCACCGAUGGAUCCCAACAUAAUCAAACCACUCCUGUUGAGAACUUGAGGUCUUUGGUUGAUGAUGGCGUGGGCUUACGGCUCCGCCCGUCACCGGUAUCAUCAACAUCAGAGAGCCUCCACCCGCAUGGGUCACACAAUGCACAUAACGAUGAAGAGAAUGAACAAGAACUUUUGACAAGACGAGACAUGUUACUCAAGAGACCCAAGCGAGUAAAGGGCAAUUUCUUUGUUGUUGGAACAGAACUCGAUCCCAAAGAAGACAACUAAUACGCCAAUUCGCUUUAUUUUAUUGUUACUUUAUUUGUUGUUUUUUUUUGUCUUUUAUUGGGGGAUAAUAUGUACAAUACAAUGGUGUAAAAAGAGAAUAUGCAGAAUUUUGGAGAAAGCGAAGCAAAAAUAAAAAUAAAACAGUUGUUGAUAG